UACAACCUUUUGUAGGCCCCAUUUAACAAGGUUGCAUCACAAACAGUGCAGGACUCUUCACCCUCCGUAUUGAUUUCAGUGAACCAGUUUCAGCUUAAAACGGGUAAACUCAGCCUGAAACGCCAUUUGUAUUGAGGUUCUUUGAUGAAGCAGGUGUGGGGAGACAUGAUGGGGUUGGUUCAUGUUGCUGUGGUUGUGCUCGGUCUUUUCUCUGUCGGACAAUCUGCUCCUGUGACCGACUGCGAGAGUCUGAUCCAACCUAUUGAAAUCCAAGGGAGAGACCAGCUGCUGGGCAAAUGGACACUCUUAGCAGAAGCCACCAACAUAUUUGGAUCCAAAUAUAUGACAAAGAUGUUCGUGGAUAAUGCCUGGGCGAGACUUAGUGCUGCUAAUGAGAGUGAUACCAUCGACACUUUUCAAUAUCAAAAAAUGCUUGGUCACUGCUUUAUGUUAAAAUCAAAGUUAACCUUGGACGGCAACACCCUCUCUUAUGUUGAAUCCACAGAGCAACCUUUCAAUUCUUCUGCACGGCUCCUGAGUACUGGCUGCCCUGACUGCCUGGUUUACUCUGCACAAUAUUUCUUUGGAGAAAGCACAUUCAGCGGACUCCAGCUCAUGAGCAAGAGAACCAAGGUGAGUUCUGAUGAGCUGGAAGAGUUUAAGAAGCAGGUUGAGUGUCUGAACUUGCCACCAGCUGCGAUCCUGAACAAAGGAGAAGGUCUCUGCCCAGAGGAGUCUACAGAGCACAUUGAUCUAACAAAUACCAUGAACCCUGAAAUGAUGUCCCUAUUUUACAAAAUUCUAGAAAGUGAAGGUGGCUUGGACAUACUUACACAACUAAUGCCAGUUGGAUUGGAAAGCUUGAAAGAAAACUAACGCUGUCAAAACUAUCGCGACAUGGCUACUUAAUUAGAGGCCAAUUCUGACUCAUGAGACUCCUGAUAAUAGUCAUGACUGUAAUGAAUAUCAAUGGGACUUUUACAUUUUGUUUUGUCUAGCAUCAAACAAAUCCAGAUUUUUUAAUUUGUCCAUGUGGAAAUUUAGAUUUGACAAACAACAUUUGUGAAAUGGAAAUGGUGCGGUUACUGGAAGAACUAGAAACAGAAUAAAGAUUAUCACCAGACAGACCGCUGUUUCAAGGUGCGAUAUUUACGACCCUGUGACGUUUCGCCUUCAAAACAAAUGCUGCAGAGGCGCUCGGUGUGCAGCCUUCAGAGGUAGUUACAGAGGCGUUUCAAGGGCGAGAUGGGAUCAGCUCAGUCAGCGUGGGAGCACAGUGCUGUGUGUGUGCAUGUCUGACUGUGUGUGUAUGUGGAGCUCCCUCUUUGCUGUGCUAGCUCAAUGUUGUAAAGCAAUAUGAAUUCACUAACUGGGACACCAAUACUGCACCGCUGCGGAAUCAAUAAGAAUAUCUGAAGGUGUAACAAUGGCACAGCUUAGGUCAGGCGCUGUUUCCGAGUUGAACUCUGAAAAGGGCUAAAAGUGAUUAGCUUUCUUCUGUACUUGUAAUCUUUUUUGAGAAGUCUUUCAAAUAAGUAUUUUUACUUUUUCAUUAGAAUCCUUUGGGGGAAGUGUUGCACUUCACUGCAUUUUAAAAAGCAUAUGUUACUGAUAAAAAAAAAAAUCUAACUUUGAGUUAACUUCUUGAAUCUGGCCAGUUGAUUGGCUUAAUCAUAGCCUAGCUCAUAAAAAGAUGGAGAAGGACAGAUCAGACCAAAACAUGGACCUGGAGCUGAAAUCCCUGAUAAUGUCGAAGAUGAACAAGAAGAAAGUGAAGUGAAUCCCACCUGGUCACAUUUAAGCAGCUAUGUUUUUCCUUUCUGGUAUGAGUCAACAAUCCAGCUGUUUGUCACACUUGAAAUAAAACAUUUUACUUGAAUUUAGCCGAACUAAAUUUAACUCUACAACAUUCUUACUCUUUUCUCCGCUGGCUGCCGAGUAUUUUUCACACACACAAGUAAUUUUUCUUUGUGUUUAUGGUGCAAAAAGCAAAGAACAUGACGGUAAAUAAACCAUCUCACAAAAAGUAA